UCAGAUGCUAGUCGGCAUUUGGCGCGUGCAGUUCAGUUCACUCGGUCGUAGAGGCCCGGUCUCGUUUAAUAACAAAAUAUUGUUCUAAAAUUAAACAUUUCGCGAAGGCACUGAGAGAAAAUAUCAGUGGUAUUGGUAAAGUUUCGCUUUGAGCUUUCUAAGCGAUAUGUAAGCCGCUGUGGCUCAGUGUUUUUUAGGGACCACAUUCAGUGAUAAACGUUGUCCAACCGCUGGUGAUAAGCGAGUGGUUCCAACUUCCGCCCGUGGAACGAAGUUAUCGCCGCGAGUUGAGUUGCCUUGAACAAAUCUUGAAACAAGAACCUCUAUUUGGUGAGAAGUGCGUGAGAUUUGACUGACCAACGAAAAUGCGAGUUCUGCUGCUCCUGCUGCAGCUGCUCGGCUUGCUGCUCCUCUCCGGCGGUGUUCAGUCCGCCUACUGCCCAUCGGGAUGCACCUGCCUGGAGAGAACUGUACGGUGCAUCCGGGCUAAGCUUUCCGCUGUGCCCAAGGUGCCUCUGGAUACCCAAACGCUAGAUUUGCGUUUCAAUCACAUCGAGGAGCUGCCGGCCAACGCGUUCAGUGGUCUCGGCCAGCUGACGACGCUCUUCCUGAAUGACAACGACCUGGCUUACCUGCAGGAUGGGGCUCUCAAUGGACUCUUUUCGCUGAGGUUCCUCUAUCUGAACAAUAAUCAACUAAGCCGCUUACCGGCGGCCAUCUUCCACCAAAUGCCACGCCUGGAGGCGAUUUUCCUGGAGAACAAUGACAUUUGGCAGCUGCCCGCCGGGCUCUUUGACUACUUGCCGCGUCUGAACCGCCUGACCAUGUUCAACAACAAGCUGACCCAACUGCCGGUGAAUGGAUUUAAUCGGCUAACCAACUUGAAGCGCCUGCGACUGGACGGCAAUGCCAUCGACUGCAACUGUGGAGUCUAUUCGCUCUGGCGCCGCUGGCACCUGGACGUCCAGCGCAAAAUAGUGUCCAUCACACUCUUCUGCGCUGCUCCUCAACUGCUGCAACAUAAAGAGUUUGACAGCCUGGGAGAACAACACUUCAAGUGCGCCAAGCCGCAGUUUCUGGUGGCACCCCAAGACGCCCAGACCGUCGCCGGGGAGCAGGUGGAGCUUAGCUGUGAGGUCACUGGCCUACCCCGGCCCCAGAUCACGUGGAUGCACAACACCCAGGAGGUGGGUGGUGGCGAGGAGCAGUCGCGGGCCGAGAUCCUACCCAGCGGCAGCCUGCUCAUCCGUAGUGUGGACCCCAGCGACAUGGGCAUCUACCAGUGCGUGGCUCGCAACGAAAUGGACGAACUCCGUUCCCAGCCUGUACGCCUGGUAGUUAAUGGCGGUAACCACCCACUCGAUUCACCCCUGGAUGCCCGCAGCAAUCAGGUGUGGGCGGAUGCCAGAACAUCCACACAAGCAUCGUCGCUAUCGCCAUCGCCACCGCACUUCACCCACCAGCCGCACGACCAAAUUGUGGCCCUCCAUGGAUCCGGACACGUGCUCCUCGAUUGCGCCGCCUCCGGCUGGCCACAGCCGGACAUACAAUGGUUCGUCAAUGGCCGGCAACUCUUGCAGUCCACUCCCAGCCUCCAACUCCAGGCCAAUGGCAGCCUCAUCCUGGUCCAGCCCACCCAACUCUCGGCCGGCACGUAUCGCUGCGAGGCUCGCAAUUCUUUGGGCAGCGUCCAGGCCACCGCCCGCAUCGAGCUGAAGGAAUUACCCGAAAUUUUAACGGCACCGCAAAGCCAAACAAUCAAACUGGGCAAGGCCUUUGUGCUGGAGUGCGAUGCCGAUGGCAAUCCACUGCCCACUAUCGACUGGCAGUUCAAUGGAGUCCCCCUUGCGGGAGAUACACCCGAUUUGCUGUUGGAGAAUGAGAACACAGAACUGGUGGUGAGUGCUGCCCGCCAGGAGCAUGCCGGUGUCUAUCGCUGCAUUGCGCGAAAUGAAAACGGAGAGACGAGCGUCGAGGCCACCAUUAAUGUGGAACGGUCCCAAUCUCCGCCGCAUCUCGCCAUCGAGCCGAGCAAUUUGGCGGCCAUUACAGGCACUACCAUCGAGCUGCCCUGCCAGGCCGACCAGCCGGAGGACGGACUGCAGAUUUCGUGGCGCCACGAUGGCCGGCUCAUUGAUCCCAAUGUGCAGCUGACAGAGAAAUAUCAAAUAAGCGGCGCCGGCAGUCUCUUCGUCAAGAAUGUGACCAUCCCCGACGGCGGGCGGUACGAGUGCCAGCUAAAGAAUCAGUUUGGCAGGGUUUCCGCAUCCGCACUGGUUACCAUCAGAAACAACGUGGACCUGGCUCCUGGAGAUCGUUAUGUGCGCAUUGCCUUUGCUGAGGCAGCCAAGGAAAUCGAUUUGGCCAUUAACAACACCUUGGACAUGCUCUUCUCCAACCGGUCCGAUAAGGCACCUCCCAACUACGGUGAGCUUCUGCGUGUUUUCCGUUUUCCCACCGGCGAGGCUAGGCAGUUGGCACGUGCAGCAGAGAUCUACGAGAGGACACUAGUUAAUAUCCGAAAACAUGUACAGGAGGGAGAUAAUCUUACCAUGAAGAGCGACGAGUACGAGUUCAGGGAUCUGCUUUCCAGAGAGCAUUUGCAUCUAGUGGCAGAACUAUCAGGUUGCAUGGAGCACCGUGAGAUGCCCAACUGUACGGAUAUGUGCUUCCACUCGAGAUACAGGAGUAUUGAUGGCACCUGUAAUAACCUGCAACAUCCCACGUGGGGAGCUUCACUUACUGCCUUCCGCAGAUUGGCGCCACCAAUCUAUGAGAAUGGUUUUAGUAUGCCUGUGGGAUGGACAAAGGGAAUGUUGUAUUCGGGUCAUGCCAAGCCCAGUGCCAGAUUGGUAUCCACUUCCAUUGUGGCAACAAAGGAGAUAACACCUGAUGCCAGGAUCACCCACAUGGUGAUGCAGUGGGGUCAGUUCUUGGAUCACGAUCUGGAUCAUGCUAUACCAUCCGUGAGUUCAGAGAGCUGGGAUGGCAUCGAUUGCAAGAAGAGCUGCGAGAUGGCCCCACCAUGUUACCCCAUCGAAGUGCCGCCGAAUGAUCCACGUGUUCGCAAUCGUCGUUGCAUUGAUGUGGUGCGAUCCAGUGCCAUUUGUGGAUCCGGCAUGACAUCCCUCUUCUUCGACAGUGUUCAACAUCGCGAACAGAUCAACCAACUCACCUCGUACAUAGAUGCCUCGCAGGUUUAUGGCUACAGUACUCCAUUUGCCCAGGAGCUGAGGAACCUGACUGCCCAAGAAGGAUUACUUCGAGUGGGCGUCCAUUUCCCACGGCAGAAGGACAUGCUGCCCUUUGCUGCUCCUCAGGAUGGCAUGGAUUGCCGUAGGAACCUUGAUGAGAACACCAUGAGUUGCUUUGUUUCGGGCGACAUCCGUGUGAAUGAGCAAGUGGGUCUCUUGGCCAUGCACACAAUUUGGAUGAGAGAGCACAACAGGAUAGCCAGGAAACUGAAGGAAAUCAAUUCCCAUUGGGAUGGUGAUACUUUGUACCAGGAAUCCCGAAAGAUAGUGGGUGCCCAGAUGCAGCACAUCACCUUCAAGCAGUGGUUACCUCUGAUCAUUGGCGAAAGUGGCAUGAAGAUGAUGGGCGAGUACAAAGGUUACAAUCCUCAAAUUAAUCCCAGCAUUGCCAAUGAGUUUGCCACGGCUGCCCUGCGAUUUGGACACACCAUCAUAAACCCCAUUCUCCACCGUUUGAAUGAGACCUUCCAACCGAUACCACAAGGUCACCUGCUCCUCCACAAAGCCUUUUUCGCUCCCUGGCGUUUGGCCUACGAGGGUGGUGUGGAUCCCCUGAUGAGAGGCUUCCUGGCCGUGCCUGCCAAGCUCAAGACUCCUGAUCAGAACCUUAACACUGAGCUAACUGAGAAGCUCUUCCAAACUGCUCAUGCCGUGGCUCUAGAUUUGGCUGCUAUCAACAUCCAGAGGGGAAGAGAUCACGGAAUGCCUGGAUACAAUGUCUAUCGUAAGAUGUGCAAUCUAACAGUGGCCCAAGAUUUCGAAGAUCUAGCUGGCGAGAUAAGCAAUGCGGAGAUACGGCAGAAGAUGAAGGAACUGUAUGGACAUCCGGAUAACGUUGAUGUUUGGUUGGGUGGCAUCCUAGAGGAUCAAGUGGAAGGCGGCAAGGUCGGUCCGCUAUUCCAGUGUCUGCUGGUCGAACAAUUCAAACGCCUGCGAGAUGGCGAUCGUUUGUACUACGAGAAUCCUGGUGUCUUCUCACCCGAACAAUUAACCCAAAUUAAGCAGUCCAACUUUGGCCGAGUGCUCUGCGAUGUGGGAGAUAACUUCGACCAGGUCACCGAGAAUGUGUUCAUUUUGGCCAAACAUCAGGGUGGCUACAAGAAGUGCGAGGAUAUAGCUGGCAUCAAUCUUUAUCUGUGGCAGGAAUGCGGCAGGUGCAACAAUCCACCAGCAAUCUUCGAUUCCUACGUGCCUCAGACCUACACCAAGAGGAGUAGCAGACAGAAGAGAGAUCUCCAUAUGGAGGACAAGCCGGUGGCCACCGCCGAAAGCUAUGAUAGUCCUUUGGAAUCCCUCUACGAUGUCAACGAAGAAAGGGUCAGUGGGCUGGAGGAGCUGAUUGGCAGCUUCCAGAAGGAACUAAAGAAGUUGCACAAGAAGCUACGUAAACUGGAGGACUCCUGCAAUUCCGCUGACUCCGAACCGGUGGCUCAGGUGGUGCAGCUGGCAGCGGCCCCAGCUCAGGUGGUGUCCAAGCCGAAGAGAAGCCACUGCGUCGACGACAAGGGCACCACGCGACUGAACAAUGAGGUGUGGUCUCCGGAUGUCUGCACCAAGUGCAAUUGUUUCCACGGACAAGUGAACUGCCUAAGGGAGCGAUGUGGCGAAGUCAGCUGUCCGCCGGGUGUGGAUCCACUGACGCCUCCGGAGGCCUGCUGCCCCCACUGCCCGCUGGUCAAGUGAGGGCCCAGCCAAAGAAUUACGCAUAUCGAUGUACACCUUUAUCCGUAGUAGCCACUCACUCUAAUCGAAACAAAAAAACAAACACACCGGCAAUUGCGCAAUGAGCAUGUUUAAUUGACAAUUAACUAACAAUGUACUGCUACACAUGUAAUAAAAUAAAGCACAUUAAUAACCCA